AUGGCUUUGCGAAGACUCGAGUGUCUGGAGCGUCGAAUGAAUAGAGAUCCGACGUUGAAGGAAAAUCUAACACGCCAGAUAGAUGAAUAUCAACAAAAGGGGUAUGCACAUCGAGCCACCGAGGAAGAGUUGUCAGCUGCUGAUAUGAAACGAAUCUGGUACCUACCCCUUGGAGCGGUGGUGAAUCCGAAAAAGCCGGGAAAGAUCCGUCUCAUUUGGGAUGCGUCUGCCAUGGUCAAUGGCAUAUCUCUCAAUUCGCUACUUUUGAAGGGUCCCGAUCAACUGACUUCCUUAUCUGCUAUCUUAGUCCGUUUUCGACAGUUCGGUAUAGCUGUAUCAGCUGACAUAAAGGAAAUGUUCCACCAAAUUCGAAUCCGUGAGGCGGAUCGACACUCUCAGCGUUUCCUUUGGCGCACUGACCCGUCAAACGAGCCAAACAUUUUCCUGAUGGACGUGGCGACUUUCGGCUCGACGUGUUCGCCAGCGUCCGCACAAUACGUCAAGAAUCAAAAUGCGACUGAAUUCUCCGAAGAGUAUCCCAGAGCUUCAGCAGAUAUCAUCGAGAAUCACUACGUAGAUGAUUAUUUGACGAGUUUCGCGUCCGAAGAAGAAGCUAUCGAAGUUUCCAGUCAAGUACGGGAAAUACACGACAGAGGUGGAUUUUCGCUACGGAACUGGCAAUCGAAUAGCCCUGCUGUGGUCCAUAGUCUUGGCGAAACCAAGGAUUCAAGCAAUAAACACAUGUUCUUGGACAAGAGCAGUCAGUAUGAGCGGGUUCUCGGUAUGUUAUGGCUAACGGAUGAAGACAAGUUGGGCUUUUGUACGCAGAUGAAAGAUGAUGUGCAACAAAUAAUUGAAGGCAUAUCUCGUCCAACGAAGCGACAGGUCUUGCGAUGUCUAAUGAGCUUCUUUGACCCUCUGGGUUUAUUAAGCUUUCUUCUUGUUCAUGGAAAGAUUCUUUUGCAAGAUAUCUGGCGAGCUGGAAUCAUGUGGGACCAAGAAAUUGAUGGAGAUCAACAGGAAAGCUGGCAAAGAUGGACCGAAGCGCUGAAACAGAUACAAACGGUGAAGAUUCCACGAUGUUAUUUCCCUAACGCUACAUCUGAGCACUACCGUCGACUACAGUUACACAUUUUCGUGGAUGCGAGCGAGGUCGCAUAUGCGGCUGUCGCUUAUUUCCGUAUUGUCGAUCCAAAAGGAGCGAUACGCUGUAUUUUGGUGGCAGCAAAGACCAAAGUAGCCCCACUGAAACCAAUGUCAAUACCCCGCUUGGAACUGCAAGCAGCUGUACUUGGAUCUAGAUUGCUACGCUUUGCACAGGAAUCUCAUAACGUAACCGUGACGCAGCGGUUCUUGUGGUCGGACUCAUCAACUGUUUUGGCCUGGUUGAAAUCGGAUCCUCGCAAGUAUAAGCAGUAUGUGGCCUGUAGGAUUGGUGAAAUUCUGGAGGUAACGGAGGUGAGUGAGUGGCAAUGGAUCCCGUCGAAGCAGAACCCAGCGGAUUUAGCAACGAAAUGGGGAAAUGGACCAAGCAUGGAUGCCGAAGGAGUAUGGUUCACUGGGCCGCCAUUUCUUUUACAACCCGAACUAGAAUGGCCGAAGCACAACAAGCUGUUUCAACAAACUACCGAAGAGGAGUUACGCGUUUGCAACGUUCAUUGUGAAGCUGUCAAGAUGUCAUCGGUGAUCGAUUGGGAGCGAUUCUCAAAGUGGGAGCGGCUGCACAGAGCGAUGGCGUACGUACACAGAUACAUAAAUAACCUGGAACGACGGUGUCACGGUGGACGAACAGCUAACGGUCACCUUACUCAAGCUGAAUUGCGCCAAGCUGAAACAACGUUGAUUAAGAUGGCACAGCGAGAAGAAUUUCAAGCAGAGAUGGCGAUUCUGAUACGCAACCGCGAUAGAUCAACAGCCGAGCAGCUCAAUCUGGACAAAAGCAGCAUAUUGUAUCAUCUGUCACCCUUCAUCGACGAGUUGGGAAUCCUAAGGCAGGAAGGGAGAAUCGGCGCUGCACAGUAUGCAAGCAUCGAAAUGAAGUACCCAGCUAUUCUACCAAGAAACCAUAGGAUCACGAUGCUGAUUUUGGAUUGCUAUCAUCGACAAUAUCAACACGGCAACGCAGAAACUGUAGUAAACGAAAUCAGGCAGCGAUACCACGUGGCACGAUUAAGAGCACUAGUUCGAAAAAUCAGUAGUAGUUGUCUAGCCUGCCGAGUGAUGAAAGCAGCUCCUCGCGUGCCCCGCAUGGCGGCUCUUCCUCCCGCUCGCUUGGCGGCAUUUGUUAGACCGUUUACAUACGUGGGAUUGGACUUCUUUGGACCUAUACAUGUAAAGGUAGGGCGAGGAAGUGCUAAGAGAUGGAUAGCACUCUUCACUUGCCUUACGAUCCGAGCAGUACAUUGUGAAGUCGUUUGCAGUCUCUCUACUGAUGCCUGUAUCAAGUCAAUUCGUCGUUUUGUAAGUCGUCGUGGUGCGCCUGCGGAACUAUUUUCGGAUAACGGCAGCAACUUUCAAGGAACGGCGCGAGUGUUGAUGGCCCAGAUUCAACAAGGACUUGCGGCGACGGUGACAAGUACAACGACAAGAUGGGUAUUCAUUCCUCCAGCGUCCCCACACAUGGGGGGCGCUUGGGAGCGCAUGGUGCGCUCCGUGAAGCAAGCGAUGUUUAGUGCGUAUCAUUCGGAUCGGAAGCUAGAUGAUGAAUCUCUGUUAACGUUCGUUGCCGAGGCCGAAGCUAUUGUCAACAGUCGACCUUUAACUUACCUACCCUUGGAUUCGGAGGAAAGCGAAGCCCUAACCCCCAACCAUUUCCUCCUGGGCAGCUCAAGAGGUAUUCUACAACCAGUUGCCGAACCAACGGAUUGUUCAGCGGCUGUGCGAAGCUCGUUCAGCAUGAUCCAACACCAGCUGGACUGUUUCUGGAGACGCUGGAUUAGAGAAAUGCUGCCAACGUUGACGAAGAGAACCAAAUGGUUCCAAGAGGAAAGGCCAAUAACGGUUGGAGAUUUGGUUUUGAUUGUGGAUGCUGGCAAGAGGAAUGACUGGACCAGGGGACGCAUAUUGGAAGUUAUACCAGGAAGCGACGGGCGAAUACGACAGGCCGUCGUGAGAACUGCGGGGGGAUUACUGCGUAGAUCGGUAGCAAAAUUGGCUGUACUGAAUAUUGAGCAUAGUGGUAAAACUGGGACCGGUGGCCAGUGUUACGGGGGGGGAGGAUGUUGCCGCUGGGAGCACUGCCUCAGAUACGCAUACUGCAGGGCCAGCCCGACCGAAACGGAAUGUCAUUCCGACAGAUCCGUCAACUGUCAACGAAGAGGAGUAGAUGAAGAAACAACGUAG